CAAGAGCUGGAGGAGCCACUGACCAAUGACAAUCCAGUCGCGACACAGGAGGAGACGUCAGUGGAAUCCUGGAAGCAUCACACAGGGAGAGAUGCAAGCCCAUUCCUGGAGGCAGCUACAUGCUGUCAGUGGUGAGGCAAGAGUGGCCCAAAUGAAGACAUUCAGUGUUGCAGUUGCAGUGGCCGUCGUGCUCACCUUUAUUUGCCUUCAGGAGAGCUCUGCUGUCCCAGUCACUGAAGUGCAAGAGCUGGAGGAGCCAAUGAGCAAUGACAAUCCAGUUGCUGCACACGGAGAGAUGUCAGUGGAAUCCUGGAAGAUGCCGUAUAACAACAGACAGAAGCGCGGCUUUCAGUGUCGCUUUUGCUGCGGCUGCUGCACCCCCGGCGUCUGUGGAGUGUGCUGCAGAUUCUGAGGACUCUUGUAGCAGCCACUGCUACCACUUUCUGUUGUAUUUAUGGUUGUAAAACUCUAAGGAUGUUACUGGAUUUGGUCAUGCUGUAGUUCAUGCGUGCUCAGUAAUUUGACUGCAUCAUCCACACGUUAUGCUGAAUAUCUGCAGAUACAACAGUGUAUUAUCACAAUAAACUUUAAUGUUACCAAUAUAAAGUGAGUAAUAGUAUUGUUUUAAUACUCGCUAAUUAAUAAUAUGGAUUUAAUAUUCCUGUAGUGUUGUUGUCUGGUGCACAGGACGUGAUUACUUUCAUGUUUUCUGUAGUGUUGUUAAAAUAAAACCUGCCUUAAACUUA